UACUUUCGUGGCCUCUUUUAUGCACCUGUCCUCUCGGCUCUCGGAAGGGUAGCAACUGCGCGGCGGACCCUCGCUUCAAAAUUUGAAGAUCUGACACUGAGCCCGAAACGGAAUGGCCGCGCCGCCUCUGCACGUCGUCGACUACCUCGUGCUGGUCUUCCUCAACUCUCUGGGAAUAGGGGUCGGUCUCUACGCGUCUUUCCGUAGGCGACGAUUGAAGACGGUGACCGCAAGCGGAUCCAAUGGCGAUGCUUGCGACGUUGAGCCGGAAGAGUCGUUCCUGGGCAGCCGACGCCUGUACGCCAUCCCUUUGGCCAUGUCCAUGUUCGCUUCGGCGGUAACGUCUACAGCGGUGGUGAGCUUCGCCGCGCACUUCUACAUGUACGGUCUGCACGUGGUUUGGUGCGCCGCGUCAACCGCCGUUGUGGCACCGCUCGUGGCGCACACGUUCGUACCGGUCGUGUACGGCCUACGGCUCACGUCCGUCUUUCAGUACCUGCGGAUGCGAUACAACAAUGGAGUCGGCGUCACGGCAUGCGUCAUUUACUUCUUUCUCAGUGAAAUAGUCGGUGGACUCGCCAUCUGCAGCUGUUCCCUGGCUCUUUCAACAAUACUGGGUGCCUCUUUCAUCACGUGGAACGCAGUUAUCGGCCUCGUGGGGACAACGUACACAGUACUGGGCAAGAUUCGUGGCGUCGUGUGGACAGACACCGUCCAAGGACUCGUCAUGUUUGCCUCGCCGGUCACGGUGGUGGCGAAGAUUGCGUACGACUCGUACAGCGAGCAAGACCAUAUUCAGCGCCGGUCGAUCUGGGAUUUUGACUUCCGGAAAUUUUUGCUCCAAACCGACUUUAGCUUGUCCAACGACGAAACAGUGUGGGCCAUUUUGCUGGGACUUGUGCCCUUCUGCUUCGUUCGAUACGGCAUCGACCAAACUGUAGCGCAACGAUAUCUCUCCGCUAGGAGUCUGCAGGAUGCUCAGAGGGUAGCGUACAGAGGGUGCGCACUAGCCAGUGUCUUUCUCCUAGUAGUGGGAGUUAUGGCACUGUCACUCGUCUACUGGCACAGAGACUGCGAUCCAGUUUUGGCCGGAGCUAUCGCCAGAUAUGAUCAGAUUGUGCCCUACCACAUCAACGAGAAUCUUUCCGGAUUGGUCGGAUUGCGUGGCGUCUUUCUUGCCGGUGUCACUGGGGCAGCGACUAGCACUGUGUCGUCGAUCAUAAAUUCUCACGCUGCUAUAUUUUAUGUUGACGUGAUAACGCCGUACUUCCCCACGGCGACAAAACGUUCAAGCUACGUCAUUUGCAUCCUGGCUCUAGCGAGCGGCGUCGUCAUGACCGCGUUUGCCACCCUGCUUCCGUACCUGGGAACAGCUGCCAGAGUGACCAUAGUUAUCUGCAACAGCAUAUCGGGUCCUCUUUCGGGACUCUUCAUUCUCGCCCUGUGGUUCCCUUGGUCGAACACAAAGGGCGCCACUUGUGCGACACUGCUGGCGUUGGCGUUGCAGCUGUGGCACUCGGUGGGCAGGAGUUUCUCAGGCAUUGAACCUCCCAGAAUGGACGUCAGCCUCAACCGUUGUCCGUACAACGUCACAGCCGUGCCCGCCGGCCUCGUUCCUUCCGUAGGGUCAGAUGUGUUUCCACUCUACGGCGUGAGCGCCCCUUGGAUGAGUGUACUCAGCGUCCUGUUCACCAUCGCGGCCGGGCUGGUCAUCAGCCUGGCUACAGGAAGCCGAAAGGAGGUGAAGAGAAACUUGCUGCUAUCCAGUGGGGCAAUUGUUCGGAUCUGGAGGUGCGUUGGACUUCUUCGUAGAGAAGCUGUGGCUCCAGAAGCAAGUAUUGAGGCGCCUAAUGCUAAGGAAGCCACACUGCUUCUUCAAAUAAGUGAACAGAAAAUUGGGACGUGUUAGUUACUGUGGAAAUGAACGUUUUGCCUUUUAACCCUGACAUUGCUGAAUAUUGGACCAGUCCGCAAAUGAGGUUUACGACCGACGGCAUUAGCAUUAUUCAUCGAACUUUGCAGCCAUUAUCGAAAGGAUCCUGAGCAUGUAAAUGCUCCUCGCCUUAUUCUACAGGAGCGAAUUCUAAUGACCCCUGUGUUCUGUUCUUGCCAUUGGAGAUGUAAUAGCCAUUGGGAAGGUACAGCACGUUUAAUGUUCUUGCAUAGGCCUUCGCUACGUCCUCCAAUUUGUUUUGACUUCAUGUGGUAGGGCGCUGCGUGUCUAUGUCUCGAAUGUGCGUGUUUUCUCUUCUGCUUUUCGCCAUACACGUUCCACGCCCCGUAACUAUAUAGGAAUACGUUCAUAGAACUCUGUCUGUCUUUUAGACAAACCCUCGACAUGUAUGAUUUGUCAUCUACGGAACACUGGCUAUGCACGACCGUAGGGUCAUGGUGGUCGCGCGCAAUAACAGAAAAGCACGUACUAUUAUAAAAAUGGCGCAUCAUGAAAAUCCUAUAAAACCUUUUUCUAAAGCUUAUGAAACAAUAACAGACCGUUCAUCUCCUGAAAAAAAAAAAAAACGAAAUAAGAGGCACAAGCUAAAUAGCCUUAGUUUACCAGAAGAGGAUAUCAGUGUGGUUUGUAUAGUCAUCUUGGUCAUUGAUGUCAAAUCAGUUGACGUUAUUCGACACUUAGUGCAGGAUAGCUGAAUUUGGUGCGUAAUAGCUGGGACACCCCCUGUGCGAAUGUAUACGUAUUUCCAGGAUGACCUUGACGUCGUCCUUUUGGAAUAACCACUGCACCAUGUGCACCACGCAGUUUUUCUA